AUGGCUGUCUCAGCAGCCCGUAGAUCAGCACGAACGACGAGGAACCCGCUAGUUUUGCUUUUGGCACUUGUGGCAUACCUGUACGCACCCUCUUUCGUGCUGCCAGCUGCACCUUCGUCCCGACCUUUGCGCCAACCCACUGCUCUGCGGGAUGUUCGGCUCCAUGCGCGUGGAGGUGAGAGUGAUUCGGCAAAGCUCGCCGUGGGCGACGAGGUGAACGCCAUGUAUCCGGAUGACGAGCAGUGGUAUCCCGGCACAGUCGAAAAGGUUAACGACGAUGGCACCUACAAGGUCAAGUGGGAGGACCCUGAGGGAGGCCCAGAGAGCCAUGAUGUCGCAGCCGACAACAUCAAGAAGAUCAUCAUUUUCACUGAUUACAAAGUCGGCGAGAAAGUCGAGGCGGUGUUUGAGGAUGACGGCGGCUGGUACCUGGCGGAAGUUGCCAAGAAGAACGAUGACGGCAGCUUCACCGUGAAGUGGGACGAACCCGAUGGUGGCCCGGAGGAGUCCCAGGUGCAGCCCAAGGAGAUGAAGUAUCCGCCGAUUCCUGUGGAGGAUCUGGAGAUCGGAGCGAAAUACACGGGCACUGUGCGCUCAAUCUUGGAUUUCGGCGCCUUCGUAGACAUCGGUGCGGAAGCCGACGGCCUGCUGCACAUCUCCAGGAUCUCCAUGGAGCGCAUCGACAACAUCUACGACGAGCUCUCCGAGGGUCAGGAGAUCGAGUGUUGGAUCUCCGGGAAGCAGGACGACGGAAAGUUUGGUCUCACCAUGGUCGAGGGUAAAUUGGAUGGACGUCGAUCCGAGCCGGCAGAUUUGAACCCUUUCUUCGACUGCUUGCCGUCUGAGUGGCAGAAAGGCGUCGUCGCCAGAACGGCGCCUUUCGGAGCUUUCGUCACUGUCACUUUGGAAAGCGGCGAGUCCGCAGAUGGGCUGGUCCACAUCUCCAAGCUUCAGGACGGCUUCGUGGACAACGUGGACGAUGUCGUGAGCAUUGGGCAAGAGGUGCAGGUCCGAAUUGAGUCUGCAGCUUCACGGCACUUGCACACUUUGGGUUUGGGGUUUGGGGGUUUAUCCCAAGCUCUCAGGACCCAUGGUUCAAUCCAGCCGCAGCCAAGGGUCUCGGUUUCUGACCAUGGGCUGUACCCGCCAUAG